AUGGGAAAAUGUGAGGAUUCUUUGAUCCAAGAGGGUUCCUCAUCCAUUACUUUUCUGCAGGACCAACUGUUACCUCAAUCUAAGGCUCUGAGGCAGAGAUCCACAAUCUGUAAGUUUUGGCAAACUGUGUUACCAAUAUCAGCAUUGCAAACUCUUUUAAAGAAUGAAUGGGAAGGUGUGGACCAAGUUUUCUUCUUGGAUGUCGCAAAAGCUGGCUACUUUUGUACUCGUCAAUCGCUUGCAUUCGUCGAUGGUCGGGAGGGUGGUCACCCGGAACAGCCAGAAACCAAAUCUGCAGGCCUUGCUGCUGCAACUGACGGGAAACCGCGGCGGAAUUGUUGGGCUUUUCAAAUAUCUUCUGCUCUAUCCAGUCUGUAAUGAUGAAAGUUACGAAAAAUCCUCUGGCGGCCUAGAGUUUUGCAAACUGCAUGAACAGAUUCACAUGGCUUUUAGCAGGAAAAGGCGCAACUACUGCGUGCGGAGGACGUAGGAUUGUGGCCAUGAGCCACGAUUGUCAGCCACAAAUGGGUAAACGCUCCUAAUCAAUAUAUUUUACGUCUCGCAGUGGAUAUGUGGCUAUUUAUUACAACGGUGAAAUGAGAUUAUUCCAAAGAUUUACUCUGGCACUCAUGAAACAUUUUAAGUCUAAGCCAUGAUUUGGAGAUGAAUCAUCAAACCUUAUCUUGAAUUCCUUCUGUGGUGGAGUAGCGACGAAUCGACACAUGAUCCAUGGACAAUGGCAGGUCUAGUUCAGUUAUUGUGCUAAAAGUAUUUGUUUUGUAUGUUUAGUCUAGUAAAAGUAGAUGUUGUUCUCAAUGGGUCUUUGGUUUGCAGAUUUUGGUAGAUUGGAUAUCUUUCAUACCUUGGUUUUUAGCUGAAGGGGACCUCCUUUGGGGUAUCUCCAGAAAAAAGACAAAAAAAUAGCUGUUGUCCAUAUAGAGGGAGGUAAUGGAUGCAUAGGACAAAGUGAUUUAGUAUGAGAUCAA